UUGCCUAACUUGAGUUUCAUUUGUUAUGCACGACACUAUUAUACCCCGAUAUUUUCUACGUAUCAUCGGAUCUAAGAAGGAGAAUAGAAAAGCCCUAAAUGUAGUUUAUACGAUUCCACCGAAGAAGCAGUUAUAGGCCUCUAAAACGCUCUACCUAUCGAGAUGACAGAUUUCAGCACCACUGCUGAUACUGGUAACUCUCCUAGAGAUCUCAUAAGUUUUUCAGCCUACCAGCGCUCUCAAAAUGGCUCCGUGUCAUACCUCAUUAUCAACAGAAUCAAAACAAAACUGGGAGACUUCUACGAUGAAAUAGACGAAGUAUUAACUGGUUUCAGAGGGUCCGGACUCUGUCAGAACGCCCCGGAGACGCUAAGUGACGAGGAGGAGGAGGAGGAGUUAGGGCUGGUGGAAGAGGCGGAGUUAGGAGUGGUGGGAGGUAGUGGGGAGGAAGGUUGUGGUGGUAGUGGGGAGGAAGGUUGUGGUGGUAUGUACAGGGAUGUGGUGACCGUGUGUCACAGUACUCGUACCUACAGUCCCACUAUAGAGGAAGAGUUGCAGCCGGAGAGUGAGCAGUGUUUUGAUAUUGUCGAUAAUCUGGCCUGUCAGCAGAACAGAACUGAUAGUGACAGUGACUCGUAUAUCUGUGAGUCAGGGGAUGACAAGGAUUUGGAGGACAUUAAUACUCUGCCUGAAGUUUCUCAUUUAGGAACGGGUGGGGAAGAACCAGUGAACAAUAUCAGAUCUACAGAUCAACAUAACCAAACAAGCAUUGAUACUAUGUGCAGCCUCAAAGAAGAGUCUCCGACCAAGAAUAAUGCCAAACAGGAUCGUCCUGGUGAUCAUCUUACGCCAAGUACCAACAGUAAUAAUCAGAACUUUGAAUUUGAAAUGAUAUCAACAUGCUUUGACUCUGAGGAAUCUGAAAACAGAAGCCAAGUUCCCUUUUCAACUGAGAAACAUGGGUCAAAAGAAAAGAGCCCGUCACUGUUGUCCAAGGAUAUUACGCAUGAGGUUGAUAGUAUGAUACACAGAACUGAUCCAAAACUAAUUCGACACCCUAUCCCCACUAACAGUUCCGCAGAUCAGGCAAAAUAUCGACAAACAAGAACUCCAGUAAAAGCACCACCGCCACCAAAAUCGAUUAAUUUAACGAACGCAAGGAAGUCAAGUCCUGAAUAUUUCGAGGCAAGUUCACAUACGCCCUCUCCCGGGCUCCCAGCAUCCUCCCCAGUCCAGUUUAUACGGAUACUCAGUAGAAGUCCACGACCUGGAUCCCAGUUUGCCAACGGGAACAGUGUUUCCUCAGAGCACUUUUCCUUGCACUCUAGUGAGAAUAGUGCGAAUAGCAUGUCCUUCACCAACCCGUUUUUUCACCAAUCCAAUUCUAAAUUAGGCGAAUUCUUCACAAAUUUCAACAACUCAGCCUCACCGGUGACAAAAUUUUUAAACGAUCUAUCUUCACCAAAGCCUGAAACAUCCCACCAAUCUACCUUCACGAAACUAAGCCGGAACAAGCACUGUGUUUUAAGCCGGGACUGGUCGGACUACAGUGCGGAAGAAGCUGGGUUUAACAUGAACAACCUCACAGAGACGGGGUACAUAUCAGUAGGGAAGACUGGGCCGGAGCGUUACACCAAGAUAAGGGAGAUAGGAGAAGGAGGGUUCGGGACAGUGUACCUGGCUCAGGAUACUACAUACUGGGACAAGGUUGUUCUGAAAGAGAUGGAACUUGGCAGGAUACAGCUGGAGGACAUUGCUGAGGAGAUCUUAGACCGGUAUCCACACGAAAACAUAAUGAAGUUGUUGGACCACUACAGUACGUUCACUCACUACUGCAUGGUGUAUGAGUUUCAAAGUCAAGUCUCUCUGUUCGAUUAUCUUCGUUUAGCAGGAAAACAAAAUGAGUUUGAAGGCAAAGUGAUACUCAGACAGGUUGUGAACGCGCUGGAUUGGCUGCAUGAUAACAUGAUAGUCCACGGCGAUCUCAAGGACGAGAACAUGAUCAUCCAAUCUAAAACAAAGAAUAUUAUUCUGAUUGAUUUUGGUUCUGCGAGGAUGAUCAAAGAAAAGUACGAACCAUUCAGGUUCAGAGGGACGAGGGUGUACAGCCCACCUGAAGCUGUGGUGGGAGAUAUGGUGUUCGGACAGAGUCUGGACGUUUGGACGGUGGGAACGUUUGUCUACGUUCUGCUUAACAACAGACGACCUUUUGUAGAUGAUCAGGAGAUUCUGAAUGCAUGUUUGCCUUAUCCUAAGAACUGGUCGGACGGGGCUAAAGACUUUGUCAGACAGUGUCUAACUCGCAACUACUUAGACAGACCAUCAAUUAAAUUUCUUAAAUAUCAUCCCUGGAUCCAAUCAUAAUGUUAAAUAUAAUCUAAGUUUUUGAGAUACGUAGAUAGUACGAUUUAUACAAUGUACAUUGUAUACAUAGUGAAAAGUACAAUGUAUACAUACUUACAUAGUACAAUGUACAUUGUAUACAUAGUACAAUGUGUACAUAGUAAGUAAAUAUAAAUAUCAAAGAUUUAAUACAGACUUUUCUGAGGUUUAUGAUUAUUGGAUAACUUUUGAUUAAAAUCUUCUCUUCGAACUUGAUAUCAUUUAGUAAUCUUAAUUUCUAUUGCUAACCAG